GUGUGUGUGCGCGCGCGUGUGCGCUCAGAGGGGGCGUGGCUUACCUGCAACAGGUAGCUCCGUGUUUUCCCGGCGCUCUCCAGUCGCUGGGUUGUGUGUGUUUGUUCUUACUGCAGUCUGAAGAGGAUUCAGGUCUGCAGAUGAGUCUGAUUACUCAGCUCUUAUCAGCCGACUACAAGCCCACCACCGGUAGUGGUUCCGAAUCUCCGAGUCGGUUUAUUUCCACCGAAUUAUUGGCCGUGUUUGGACUUUCUCCUCGUUUCCUGAAAUGAGCUCAUCCGUCAGCCGCUUGUAGAGGCCACGUGAUGUCAAGAUGCCACGAUUCCCACCAGACCCGCCCCCCUUCAGGUUGCCACGGUGGUGCCAUCCCCGCCGCUGAGGACAGUGGACGGGAAGCGAGCCAUACGGAGGCGUUUCCGGUUCCUUCAGAGUCUCCUUUGCUUUCCGCUGAGGAGGAAACGCAGCGAGGGGACGGCAGCUGGAGCCAAGAUGGAGACCUGCAGGGGUGUGGACAGCUGGAGAGGAAGUGGCUCCUCUGGCACGACUUCAUGACAGAACACGCCCACCUGGACGCCUGGCUGCGAUUGGCUGAGCAGGCUGUCGGUUCCCCUGGCCCCGCCCACGUCGCCUACGGCACCGCCAAGGAGGACGUGAGGAAGUUCGAGAGGCUGCGGUGCGAGGCCGGCCCUCGCCUGGUCCAGCUGGAUGGUCUGACCCGCAGGAAUCGAACGCUGACUCGGCUGUUUCGGGGCGCCAUGCAGGCUCGGCUGCUGGCGGCGGCGAGGCAGUGCGGGCAACGCUGGGACGACGUGAGCGCCAAACUGGAAUCCAUCACCGGGCGACUGAAGCUCUUUGUCUCGGAGUGGGAGGGGUUUGAGGCAGAGAGGGAGGAGCUUGCUCUCUGGUUGGCUGACCUGGACGUCCGUCUGACGGAGGUGGAUCACCUGACGGGAAACACCUGCGAGAAGCUGCGACAACUGCAGUCUUUCCAGCAGUGUGUGUGUGUGAACUCGGGCCGCGUGAACGCCCUGCUGCAGCGCGGCGAGGCCCUGAUCCAGCGCUGCGACGCGGCCGAUGCUCAGCGCCUGGAGAGUCGGCUGCUGGAGCUGCUGCGACGCUGCAGCCUCGUCUACAACAACAUCGCACGGACACACACCCGGCUGCUGAGCAUGAGACUGGUGUUUGAGGACGACUGGAUUCUGUCUCAGGCUACAGACUCCGGUUGCCCUUCAGAGACUGUUUUAGAGGAAGAGGGAGCGCUUGAUAAAGCCCACCUGGGCCUCCCUGCAUUCCCAAACCCUCCCAAAGAUUUCAGCCAAUCCUCUUACCCUCCCUCCCCUUCCUCGCCUACCCAUGAGCACAUGGGGCUGGAGUGGGACCCCUCGGUUGAUAUCGGACGCUCUGUCUCCUGCGACGACGCCGACUCGUCGUACUUCAGUGCCAGCGCAGGUAUGUGUCACAGAGAUGGCGUGAUGAAGAGGCGGAGCUACCUCAGCUCUCUCGGCUCUCAGUCUGAUAUCAGCAAUGACAUCACCAACCAGGAAGCAGAGUUGCGAUUUGAUGGAUGGCUUGACCAUGCCCACCCCAGUGUCGCCUCGCCAGUAGCGGCCCAGCGGGACGGGACUCGGGCCGACGGAGACCAGUGGGCAACCUCGACUCCCGACAGCCGGGACGGAGAGCCAGUCGGCUUUGACGGCGGGCGUGUGAGGGCUUGGCUGGGAGUCACGCACAGCCACGCCCCUCCGGAGAGGAGGACUUCCUGUUCCAAAGCUGUGCAGACCGACGCGCAGGUGGAGUGUCAGCUGGAUGGAAGCCACAUCAACGCAUUUCCUUUUCCCGCCCCCUCGCCUUCACCGUCACAUGACCUCAAAGCCUCGCCUGAUUGGAUGAAGCACGUAUAUCCAUUAAGUCUUCAGGCAGAAGAAGAGGAAGCUGAGCGUCUUCUCUCCGAACAAAGUGAGACGUCCAGCAGCAGGGUCCCGUCCUCCCUGCUCUCCCCAGCCCUCCUCUGCCUCCUCCUGGCCGCCGCGCUGGCUCUCCUGGCCUGUCUGAUCUGGGCCAUCCUGGAGCCGCCGUGUCAGCGCAGCGGCAGGAUGCCUCGUACCUUCCACCUGGCACUGAGGUACGUCAACGGGCCGCCGCCUACCUGAAGACCACCCAGAGACGCCCAUGGACAGAGUUUGGACAACAGCACUUUUUCAUCAAUCUCAAUGGAACGGAGGUGUACAACUCGACAUGUAACGGUUUCAUUCACAUUUCAGUGCCGGACGCUCAAACAUCACAGAAAUCUGCAGGGAAUGCAGGAUGAAAAAGCAGGAUAAUAAGACAUCCGCAAUCUCUUUUUGCAUGGUUCGUUUCCAUCAUUAUUCAUUCAAAAUGAACUCCUUAAACUCAGGCUGCGUACUGUUUAACUGCCAUCCAUGAUUUAGGGGUUGCAAUAUCAAAAAAGUCACAUAAUUCAACCUUUAAGUUUAUUUGUUUCUUUCUUAAAACACAAACAUAUUUUGCCAGAAAAGUGAGACAAUUCCACUGGCUCGCUGUCCUGUUUACAUUUCACCCUGAACUUUUCUAAAAAAUUGGGUGUCAGUAUCUCUAAAAAAGAGGCAGAUUACUGCGUCAGAAUCAAGAAAAAAAAUACGUUUGUACGAUUUGUAUUGGGAACAGCUGAAAAAUGACUCCCAUCACUGGUUUUGUUUUCUUUAAAAGGUUAAGACUUGAGGAAGAAAGUUCCUCCUUAGGGCCCGGACACACCAACCUGAUAAUCGGCCGUGGGACAGUCUGGCGAGGUCGGUGACUCGAGUCUGUUCGGUGUGUUCCGUGACGUCGUCAAUCUGAGGAGCCGUCGGCUUUAAUUUUGGCCGACCUGCCUUGGCUGGGUCAGAGGGUGGGCAGUUGGACUCAAUGACCAAUCUGAUUGGUGGAGUUCUAGCCCUUGACUAGCGAAUCAGUGCACUUA